CUUGGACAGUCUCCUCUGAGGCAAACACAGCUGAAAAUGUCGGUUCCGGAAGUUUCAGUAGCGAAGAGUCUACAACAGCCGAAACGGCCAUGUCUACAGAGUACAGUUCUUUCAGCUCAGGUCAUACUGAACCAAGUAGUACCCCCUCCGAAUCAUCUGGUUCUGAAGCAUCCACCACUGCUUCUUCCCAAGUUGUUGAUUCAUCUGCUUCAACCUCUUCACAAGCAUCAGAUUCUCAAGAAUCCACCACCGUUUCUUCCGAGCUUGUUGAUUUGUCUGCCGCCAUCCAUUCCUCCAUUUUCUCCAGUAACUCGAGUACUGAGGCAUCUUCGUCUACUGAGUUGGAUGUUACAAGUUCGCCCACAAGCACGUCAAAGGGGCCAACCGAUACGACCUCUGUAGAUUUAGCUGGCUCAACCUCACAGACCUCGUCAGAGCUAGCUAGUUCAGCUAGCUCAAGUACAUUCUCAAUUGGUGAAGAGACAACUCCAAACACAUCGACAACAACGUCAGAGUCUUCAUCAGAGAUCACAGCGUCUACUACAGAGGCCAUUACCACGACAGGCUUGAACACUACCACCGCCAGUACCGCAGACAUCACUAAAGAUCUCAUAACGACUACAAGUUCUACCACAGAGCUUAGUAGCUGCGCCAGUUCCAGUAAUCCAUACACCGUCGAGGGUGUCACCUUUGAGCUCUCCUGUGACUACGAUGUCAGAGGCGGUAUAUCGAUAGGAAAAGUUCAGGCCAACAGUUUCGACCACGGAUACAGUUCAAUUACUGGAACUUCUGGGAACAAUCAGUUUGACGUUGCAAUCAAGGUGGUUGCUACCACUACGACCACUGCUUAA